UUUAAAAAAUAUGUCCAAACUUUUAACAUUUACUGCAAUAUUGAUAGUUAUGAGUGUAUUUUAUACACAAUAUGUAUCGGGUAUUAUAGAUAAAGCCAUAAAUGCCGGAAACAAGGCUUUCCAAGAGGUGGGCGACAAAGCCAUUGAACAGGGAUUCAAAGCUUUCUGUGCGGCCACUGGUGAUGGCGUCAAAGCUAUGCAAACAUUUGGUAUGGGUUUCCUUAAGUGUGAUAAAGCGCACGCUAAAGAAGCUCAUUGCAAAAUUGCCGAUAAUGCACCGAUGAUUCAUUCGGCACUUUGCGGUAUGGCUGAGGACAAGGCCAGGACUUUCUUCAAACAUGGGGUCAAUUGCUUUAAAAUGCCUGAUCCUCACGGCAAGGGUCAGGACUGUAUCAAAAAUUGGAUCGAAGAAAUGAAAGAUUGUGCUGAAUUAGCAAGUACAUUUAAAGAUCAAAUGGGUUAAGUAGUAUAAAAGUAUGGAUGGGUUAGAUAUGACCCAUAAGUGAAUAAAAAUUUAUCAAAUAAAAAGUAUUAAAGUUUAAGUGUUUUAU